AUCAUUUUCAUUUUAAUUUCUAACAAUCUAUACCAUGAAGCUCAGCGACCGAAUUUCGACUGACCCUUAUUCUACGGCACCAUCAAUUUUACUAAUUGGCAAAACAGGUGCGGGAAAAAGUACAUUGGCAAACACGUUGGUUGAAAAAGAAAUAUUCAAAACUUCGGAUAAUUCGGAUUCUAGUACCCAGAUUUGUCAAAGUGCUUUAGUCAGGUUGAAUGGUAAGGAAUAUAAUCUCGUCGAUACACCAGGUAUUUUUGAUACACGGAAACCCGAUGAUGAAGUCCUAAAUGAGAUUGCACGGUCAAUUGUCCAAUGUAGUCAUGGUAUAACGGCGAUUUUGUUUGUUAUGGCUGGAGGCAGAUAUACAAAAGAGCAAAAAAUUACAACUGACACAAUUCUGAGAUUCCUUGGUCGAGAAGAAUCUUGUCGUCACGUAAUUGUUGUUUUUACUAAGUGUAGAAAGAGACAAACUAAAGACCGACAUUUUAUGGAAGAAAGUUUCAAUGACGACCUCAAAUCAUUUUUGGACAAGGUCGGAAACCGUUGGGUUAUUUCGCCAGAUCCAGAAAUAUUUGACGAACCAAAUGAUCCAGUUGUGGAGCGUCAUAUGAAUGACUUAAGAUCUUAUAUUGGGUUAAUGCCAAAGCCCUAUACUACAGAAUUGUUUGAUAAAGUUAGAAUUGCACGUGAGAAAGAACUGCAAGAAAUUGAUUCAAAUGAAACAGAAGAACAAAUAGAUGCAGGAUUAGAAGCAGCCAAGGAAGGAUUCCAAGAGCAAGGAGGUGGUUGUUUUCCUCUGCAUUCAAAGGUUAUCCUUGCAGACGGCAAAAGAAUUGAAGUGUCACAAUUGAACAUCGGUGAUAAAGUUUGUUGUGGCGAGAAAAAUGGUAAAUUGAUUUUUAGCGAGAUUUAUGCAGUCGUCCAUACAGACAAUCAAACUGUGACUCAGUAUCAACGGAUCGAUUAUCUAAAGUCAGGCGGCACAGAAGGCACCCUACGUCUCACACCUAAACACCAUUUAUUCGUUUCUCAAGGAAAAACCAUUUUCGCUGAGGAUGUUCGAGCUUAUGAGACUGAGCUCUUACUUUUUGAUGGCAAAAAAUUAAUUCCUGUGAUUCCACAUCGGGUUACAAGAGAAUGGGAACUUGGUUACACUGCUCCUCUUACACAAAGUGGCAAAAUUGUCGUUGAUGAUAUACUUUGCUCGUGCUAUGCUGUUGCUCCACCUUAUCAAGCGAUCAUCGAUUUCGUGAUGAUUUCUUUCCGUCUCUACUCAUGGAUUAUGCCCAUUCCUGAGUGUAAAAAAGAAAUUCAUCCUUAUAUUCGCUACUUGAAACGAGGUCAAUGGAUUCUCGAACAGAUAGAUUAUUUUAACACGAUUGUUAAAAGAUUAUGAAAGUAGUUUUGUUAUACCAAUGUUCUAUUUAAUGAUCAAUUUGACUUAAUUUUAUAAGCGUCUUUAAAUAAAACAUUUUUUAAUCUUGUUG